AUGUAAAAUUAAUUACUACUUUAUGAUGAGAACAUUUCAGAAAGUUCAGAGUUACAAACUAUUUUCAUAUUAAUUAAUUUAAUCAGAUAAGAUAUUGAAACAUUUGUCUAAAUUUAAAAUCUAAACUUGGAAGAUAAAUAAAAAAAUGCAAUAACAAAAAUUUUGCCAAAAUUUGAUGAUCUGAAGAGUAAGGUAAAAGAAGUAAUUAUGAAUUAUAAAAUUUAUUAGGUGUUUGAGAAUCAAUAAAAAUCAAUUGAGAAUUUUUCUAAAGCAAUGGACUUACAUUCAAAAAAUAGAGAUGAUGAAGCCCUAGAAUAUUUUUCAAAAUCUAUUGAAUUCAAUCCUAGUUUUAUUGACCCUCGAUUAUAUAGAGGUUUUAUGAAAAUUAAUUUUUAAUAGGUAAAUUGUAUUUAGAUAGAAGCAAAAAUUACUUAGCAGAGUUAGAUUUUAAAUAAGCACUGAAAUUUGAUUAAAAAAAUAAAAAAGCAGUAAAAGGAAUGGGUUAAUUUUUUUAUGAAAUUUAGCUGUAACAUUAAAAUUACUAUGCAAUUAUGAACUUGCUUUGAAAUAUGCUCAUCGAACCUUAAAAUAUGAUCCAUUAACACCUAAAGGUAAUUUUCACUAUGGUAAAUUUAAUAUAAUAAUUAGCUGAUUGCCUAAAAUUUUUGGGUAAUUAAAAGGAUGCCCUUAAGUACAUUGAUAAAGCAAUAUACUAAAAAAAAUUGAAAUAAGAUAAAAAACUUGUGAGAUAUUAUAAAAACAAAGGUAAUUUUAAGUUAAGAAGAAGCUGAAAUAUAGUACGAAUUAAAUGAAAAAUUUUAAGCCAUUGAAUUAUUGAAAGAUUGCUUAAAAAUAGACCCAAACUAUUAACAAGCUUAGGUUCUUUUAGGUUCUAAAUUUGACUAUUUUAAGAAAAGUAUUAGAGAUAGGUGUAAUUAAAAUGAAUGCCAUUCAAUAUUUAUUUUCUAUUAAAUUUAUUAAAUGUCAGAUAUAAACAUCUAGUGCAAAAAUCAUAAUAAACCGAUUCGCAAAGUGAUUAUGGAAAAAUCAGCUGAGAAAAAUCAAAGACUAUUGUGUGACCUAUGCCUUAAAUAAAAUAGAUUUGAUAAAUUAGAAGAUUUUUAAACUAUCUAAUAGAGCAUAAAUUUUUAGAAAAUAAAAAAAUUUGAAUCUUUCAAAGACUUUUCAUAAUCUUAUUCAUUGAAACUUCUAUAAAUUGAGGACAGUUUUUCUAAUAUGAAAACUAAAAUUUUAAAGAAUCUUAGUUAAAUAAGUUCACAAAUUGAAGAUUUGAAAAAAAAAGCAGAUCUUCUUUUAUAAGAAGAUUUAUCCAUAAAUAUCGAAGAAGAUAUUUAAGAUUUACUUUUUAAUAAAUGGGAUGAUAUAAUAAAUGACACCUAUAAAAAUAUAUAGAAAGAAAAAGAAGAAAUUAUCCAAAAAAUUCAAAGAGAAUUGGAUGACUUUAAAGACUUUCAAGAAUCUGGAAUAAUUAAAAGAUAACUUGAACAAUUUGCUCAACUAAACUAAAACUCUCAAGUUACAAUUAUAGAUGAUUCUUUAUAUCUCUAAUUAAUUGAUAACACAAAUUUAUAAGUUGAGCCUUGUAAUGCUAUUUCUAUAAAUUAAUCGGGCUCUUUACUUGCAACAAGUAAAGAUACAAAAAUUAUAAUAUGGCGAUUGGAAAAUAGAAUUAUGAAUAAAUAUUCCAGAUUGGAGCAAAUCCAUGAAAAGAGUAUUUACUGUUUGAUAUUCAGUUAAAAAUAGGAUUCCUUAAUUUCGGCAUCUGAGGAUAAAUCUAUUUGUUGUUGGAAAAGAAUUGAUGAAAAUAAAUGGCAUCCUUCUUAAUUAUAUUAAAAACAUACUGGAGCUGUUACAUGUAUGAUAUUAACUGAAAAUGAAAAAUAAUUAAUCUCUGGUAGUACUGAUUAAUCACUUAUUAUCUGGGAUAUAGAUUUUAAUAAAAAUAUAAUUUAAUUUAAAAGCCAGUUAAAGUCAACUUCAGGUGAUGUUGAAGGAUUGACUAUUAACUCAUAAUAAAAUAUUUUAGCAUCUUCGCAUAAAAAUAAAUCUAUCAAUAUUUGGAGAAAAAUGAAAAAUGAUUAAUGGGUUUCUGAAAAAGCUACAUUGGUAUCGUAAAUAUCAUCGGUUUUAUAUGGAUCAAGAAUUUGUUUUUUAAAGAACUCACAUCUCAUUUGGGUAAUUAGCGAAAGUUCAGGCUCUGAUUAUAUUUGUGUCUUUCAAGAAAUUAAUGGAAAAUUUGUUGAAAAUCUAAAAUUACAGAUUUCAUUGGCAUAAAAUAGCUAAGAGAUUGAUUUUUACUUGUUCCCAAUUAUUUAAAAUUUAUAAAAAAAUAUCCUAAUUAUAAAGUAAAAAGAAAAGAUAUAUAUAAUUAAAUAAUCUACAGAUAAUACUUUAAAAAUAGCAGGAAUUAUAAAAUGUAAAUCUACUCGAACAUCUGGAUGUUUAUCAAAUGAUGGAUCCCGCUUGUUUUUUUGGGAUCCAAAUGCAAAAGAAACUGGAGGACAAUAUUUUAUUUAUAAAAUUUGA